AUGUGUGCGUCUCAGUGCCGCCGCGACGCAAUACCAGAUUUUCUGCUGUCGAAAUUGCCUGUAGACGCAAUUUACAGCACAAAACGAUCGCGUUACGGGCCAGUGCCACCUCGGGCCGGCAAACGUGCUUAUACCGUAGUGCCCGCACCCUGGGAGACAACCCGCGGGGGUGGGUGGGGAUAUUUUGGAGGCAUGAGGGGUGAGGGGAGGGGGAGUAAACGUCAUUCAAGCAUGGAAUGUAACGACAUAUUAGGAAUCGAGGAACCGCUACGCUCCGUAAAGGGUAAGCCGAUGGAGGGAAAAUUAGCCGCUAUCUUUGCCACAGUCGCUCACGUCACUAAAAUCACGCAACGCCCCAGAACAGCACACAACAUAGGCGGCGUGCGCUGCGAUGAGGUGAAAGUUGACGAGGGCGGUAUGAACAACAAACUACGCGAACAGUCA